AUGGUCACUCUUGCUGAAAAACUCCGUGGUCUCAUAGAAGCCUAUAAGGAGGAACUUCUAACAAAAAAACAAUAUGAUAAAAUGCAUGCCGAAAUACUAAAACAAUAUUGUAAAUUUUCAGGAACAUCAGUGACGGUAGACAAAUCGCGAGCACCAUUCUGGAGAAGAAUCUUUAAUGAAGCAGUUCGACUCUCUAAGUUCACCUUGCGAAGUCUACUUAUGCCAAUCGUUAGUGCAUCGGAAGCUAAAACCGAAUUAGAACAAAAAAUUACAGAAGAGAUUAAAUCAAAGUCGAGGAAUAAUAAUGGUAUUCUGGUUGAUUCGGACUCACAAUGUCCAAUUAUCUCCUAUGAAAAAGUAAAAAAUAUGGGUUUAAAAUAG